CUCUGAAUAUUGCUUGUAUGGAAGCAAUAUUCAGUAUUCAAAUAUAUUUAAAUGGACAAAGAUUUUAAAAUCUUUGUUCAUUUAAAGAACUCCUCCCUGGAAUGACAGCUGUGAAGUUAAAUAUUUCUCAUGAUGAUUACAGUACUGUGUCUCCAUCACAAAUAACAAACUUUUCAUUUGCAAUUCUAUGGCAGAAUUUGCCUGAACAUGAUAUUUUUGCUGUAUUUUACAGAAGUAUACAUCAUCUUUUAGACAUUAGGAAGACAACAAAAAAUUAGUAUGUUAUUAGGAGGCCACGGAGAAGUCAAUCCCAACUCAAGUUGGCAUAGCAGUCGUGGGGCAAUUCUAUCUUAUCUCACUGGUGUGGCAGUCCUUCAUGUAUUGCUGCUGUCUAUUCCAAUUUUUUCUGUUCCUAUUGCAUGGACUUUAACAAAUUGUAUCCAUAAUAUGGCCUCAUUCCUUUUUUUGCACUUGAUGAAAGGCACCCCUUGGCACCUGCAAGAUCAAGGCCAGGCUCGGCAGUUAACUGCCUGGGAGCAAAUAGAUUACGGGCGACAGUGGACCAGCACCCGUAGGCUGCUUACAGCUGUGCCAGUUAUAAUGUUUUUGCUGGCGUGCUUUUACACCAAGUAUCAAUUUAAUCACUUUGUGGUGAACGCCACGACGCUGCUUUUUGUCUUGGUGCCCAAACUGCCUCAGUUUCAUCUCGUCCGGCUGUUUGGUAUCAACAAGUAUUAGGAAAUUAUAUGCGUGAUACUACUUUUAGUACUGUUUAAAAUUUCCAAUUCUAUCUCAUCAGGCCAUGUGGCAUCAAGUAUUGAGAACUUAGUAGUAUUUUCUUACAUUAAAUCUAUACGCAUAGGUUCUUGUCAGACCAUUUGGCAUUAACACAAAUCAUGAAACUUUUCCUCCAUGACCUUAAUUGCUGUACAGGGGAGUUUUGUUGAUCUAUGAUCUGUUGAGCAUAUAUUGUGAGGCACAAACAAGUUUUAUAUUUUUGUGAAUUGCCUUGCAAAAAGUUGCUUAAUUAUACUUGUUUUAUUGCACUGUAUCUUACAUACUAGUUUAUAUUGCUAAACUCAUACUUUGCAGUUGGAUAUUGUUUUGCCAUGUGUGACUAGUAAAUAUUUUCAAAAAUUCACUGCAUUAACAUUGUAUAUUGUAUGUUUUAUCAUGCAAGAAACAAUAAUACUUCAAAAUUUAUUCUAUCAGUGAGAUCUUCAAUAAAUAACUUAUCUAAUCAUUGUACAGGACAAUGGAUAUGUAGUACAGAUUUUUAUGUUCCAAUUUGCAAAAGAUGUGAAAGAAGUUUUUUAUCCAAAUUUUUUUAAACGUUUUUUGCUGUCAUUGGUAUGUUACUGUGAAAAAUUUGAUCAUAUUUUCCUGUGGUACCAGUGUAUGUAUUAGGUAUAUCUUCUAAUGUUACUUUUCCAUUGAAAUAGAAACGUACGUAUAAUUGAUGGAAAAAUUUGCCCUCUCGUUCCAUUUAUUUUUAAAUUAUGUCAAAUGCAUAAUUAACUGUUGGUUAUGGGGCUGAAAUAAGCUCAUUGGAAAUGAGUUUGUUGCUACCUUCCCUGGUUUGUUGUAUAAAUAAACUGGAGUUUAUUUUCGAGAUUAUUAUAGGAUGCAAUCAAUUCUGACGGGUUGUAGAUAAAUAUUGUGAAGCUAAACUGGUCCCUGAGGGGCGCUCAUGGCGAUUUCAUUAAAUUUUUAAAGAACGGUACCUAUUUAUUUUAUAAUUUACAAGUAAUUAGCGGGUUUUGACAGUUACUAUGCGAGCUUCAAUGAAUUUCCUUUGUAUUCAACUUAAUUCAUUGGACGUUUGUAUACGGUUUACCAGCAUAUUAGUUUUCAUGUAAUUUUAUUGUAACCUAAUGCUCAAUUUUUCCAUUUCUGCACAGCAUUAUUUGGGACUAGAUUCUUUUGUUGACAGCUUACAUUUAUGAAAUAUGUAGCAGCUAUUUGAUUAUUAUCACUUUUAUUUUAGCCCAGGCUCUGGUUCACCUAACUCGUGGAAAGAUUUAUCUACAAUUGCACUUGGUCAAUUGCUGUCUAGUUUAUACAUAUUUGAAAUGUUACUUAUUGUGGAGAAUUAAUGAUUGGUUUUUAGGCGUCAUAUUGCUAAUUUGUUGCUUUUUAAUGCAGGUGGAUUGACUGGUGGGUAAUUUUAUACUAUUUAUCCGUUUGAUAUUCAUAUCCUCGUCUGUUUGUUCUGGAAAGAGCUAAUCUACCUUUACUUGUAUUUACAUGUAUUGCGUUCGAUUUUUCACCAUUUUAUUGAACUUUAUCAAGCUAUUAUUUUGAAAAUAUUCUUUAAUCUAACCAGUUUAUUCCGUUUCUUCUGUUGACCUCCAAGCGCUUGUCACUUCGAUUGACCAAUGUCAAUAUAUUCUGAUGUUGCAGCGAUAUUUCUGGUAACAAGUUCAAAUAUGUCAAUGAAUUCAUUUUAAAGAGAACUUCAACAAUGUCUCUCCUAUGCCAAGGCCUAAUUCGAACAUAUAAGUACUUGAAUGUUGAAAUGGCUUCCUGCGCCUUUUGCUCUCCAUGUCAAAUGAUUCUCCCAUUUAUUGUUAUCGUACCAUUAACUCGCGAUUUGAAUAUAAUUGGCUGUUGAGGGCUAAAGACAAAAUUAUAUGCUUUGCAUCAUAAAAACCCGGGGAGCGUUGUAAGAGAGUUUACUAAGUUAAUACAGCAUUACGGAAUUUACUUGUGUGAUGAUGGUGAUCAGAAAUGUAAUCACGCCUGAGGACAAAUUACGACAUUUCUACCUGCCAAUCGAUGUUCGGAUGUCGUAAAAUUUUCAUUGCGAUUCCGUUUUCUAUUGAAUUAAUUAUUUGUGGCUUGGAUACCUAAGUUACUAUAUAUAUCAGAUUACCUGUUGAUCAGGAUGCGCACUAUGAAAUAAUAGUUCAAACGCAUAAUAUCUGAUAGUAUGUCAGUAGGUAAUUAACUAGCCGAAAUAUAUAAAAUAUCCUAUUUUUAGGGUAAUCGAUGACUUAAUAAGAGUUAGUGUGUUAUGUGGCCAUGUGGAUGCGUUGAAUAAGUUUAUUUUGUCAUGAUGCACAGUUUGCCUCUCACCUGAACAUAGGAAUUUAUUAGUGAAGAAAAUCUAAGGUAUUCGACUACUACUGACAGCUGCUCAGAACUGGUUGGUUGUGGUGACAUGAAGAAGCUGAUGGUGGUAAUAACUUGAAGAAAUUGUGUCAAAAGUAAAGCUUGUGAACCUUCACUAUUAAUAAAUAACAGUAGUUAUUUAUUACUAGUUUCCCACUGCUGAUGGUCAUUGUUACCAAUCGCUUUACCUGUACGUAUGUAAACGCCUAAAUAUUUAAAUUCUUCUACCAGGGUUGAGUUGCAUUUAACUUCAUUUAUUUAAAUUCUCCAAAAACUCAACUCUCUUGGACUGGCUUGGUACAAUUUUCUUGUAGUCUAGAACGCACUGAAAAAUAAUGCAUUUUCAGCAGUCGCAAGUGUUUAGUGUAGAUCUUAGAUUUACGGCAAU